GGCCGUAGGUCAGCGUGACGUGAGGUCGUCCCUAGUUCGGUGUCCUUGUCUCUGUAUUAGGAAGAUGUGGUACUGGGACGCUCCGGACGGUACAGAUUGCGCUGAAAAAACAUGGUUUUUGACGAAGUUGGCUACAGGGCUGGGUUUGGCGGGGUCGGCAUAUUACGUAGUCCUUUUCCAGCCUAAGACAGUACUGGAGGCCGUUAAAAAUGCAGGAGGUGCUACUCUUACUUUGGCUGCACUUGGAGCAAUGUUUAGUGCCACUACCUGUAUAACAGCCCAGGUUCGUGAAAAGCCAGAUGACGCAUUAAACUAUUUUAUAGGGGGUUGUACAUCUGGUCUCCUCCUAGGAGUAAAAAAUCAAAGCUAUGCAACUGCGUCUGUAGCAUGUCUUGCAUUUGGAGGAUUUGCCACUCUUGCCAAGGUUUCCAAAAAGGAGGGCUGGGUGUGGAUUCCAUCUGAACCAAGACUCUGAAACGUUUUGUUUUGUUAUAUUAGUGCUGAAAAUAAAUAUACAUAUUAUUAUUGA